GGAAAUACCCACAGAUACCUAUGCAGCAUUUAGCAAGUUCUAAGUAACAUUUAGAUAGACUACAAGACUUGAUAACUCAAUAACUUUAUUUAGAGUAACAUUCUAAUUUAAUUUUAUCUUUUUUGUAAAAUUAUGACACAAAGACAACGAGAAAACUUUUACAGAACAUCAAGUGUUAUCGUUGAACAUGGGAAAGAAGUACUCGUAUUAUUACUAGACGAUGAUUUAUCCACGCGAAACAUUACUUUAAUAGAUUUUAUAGAUCAAAACCAGCAUGAAAUUUAUCAUCUUUGUUAUAACGAAGAUCCGUGUUGUAAGUGUACGGGAGGAACACUCUCAAGAAAUACUCCUUCACAAAGAGUACUGCUUCCAAGUCAUCUAGAUAUUUUGUUUGAUAAAACAAAACCGAAAAUUGCAGGUCAUAACUUUAAAAGUAGGUCAAAGCUCUGUUGUAGUUCUGCUAAACAAUCCUUAACAACAGCCUGUCUAGACCUCACACUUUUGAGAUGCCUGUUAAUCAACUUUGCUCCUACUUGCACUGGUGCUGUCCGGAAAGACGUCAAGGACUUAAUCAAGUACAGGAACAACCUUCAUGGUCCCUCAAAAGAGGGGAUUAUUUCAGAUGCAGAUUAUUCUGUCUACAAGAAACAAAUAGAAAGUGUCUUACUUUCAAUUGCCAAGCAAUGCAACAAAGAAGAGGUAAUAAGACAAAAGCUGAAUGAGGCAGCGGUCAGAACAAUGGAUGAUACAAUGUACAUCGAAUAUCGAAAUACAUUGUCAGAUGAGAUCCCCUGUGAAAAGGAUACUAAGAAGGUAUUCGACAAUUUGAAAGGUGAUGCAGAAAAACUGUCAGAGAAACUAAAGCAUGUAGAGAGGACAGCAAAUGCAAAUUAUUGGAGAGGCAGAAGUAUUUUGAAGAGUUUGCUGUUUUCCGUGUAUUUGAUUGUAUGUGGUUUGACCUAUUACUAUGUUGAUUUUCGUGCUUCUUUAGUUAUGCUGUGUAUUACCUUUGUAUUGCAUCGUUAUCUAUUGGCGAUCAUGUACAAACCUUUUGCUUUGCUUAUGUCAUCAGUUCUUGUUUUAUUUGUCAUAAGUCUUUAUGACCCCGAAAUUUUAGGGAAAUUGAAUGUGGCUAUACAUUUUUGUAUCAAUAUUUUUUUCCCAAUAUUUUCUUUUGUCGUCACACGUUAUGAAGGAUUGCCGUUGUUGUUUCUAGUAUAUUAUUUGGUUCUCUUUAAAGCUAGGUUUGAAAUAAGGAAUUUAUCAGUAUCACUAAAGGUGACGAUUUUUGCAUUUCCAUUUGGUUGUGUCAUUUUGUAUUACUUUUGGCCGCAUGUUUCAUCGACAAUUUAUGAAAACUUCAAAGCUGUUAUUGCCGUAAUAGUAGUUAUAGUUGGCUUGAAAUAUUUUAUCUGGUAACAUUACUCAAUGUAUACGUUUUAUACUAACAGUUAAACUUCUAGACAUUUAAAUGAAUGUUUGCAAAUGUAUUUAAGUUAACUUCAGAUAGAUUGAUUGAUUGAUGAUCGCUUAAAUUUAGUUCCUUUGUCGUCAAUUUCCACUUACGCAUGUGCAUUGACAGUCAAUUGUCAGAAGGUGUGUGCACUGUGGAUAAACUUUCCGUGUGACUAAGUGAUAAUGGUCAAACAAGCCAUAUUUCAAUUACUUUUACGUUAUAUGUAAAAUCAGUUUACAUAUAAACAUUUUCGUGAAAUCACAUGACAUGGUGUAAAGAUGUGUCUCGGGAAUUAUCACAGACUCUACGAAAAAUAAGACCACUCUGGGUAUCAAUUUACACUUCAUUGACAUUGGGCAAGAUUUAUGUCAAGUCCUAGUUAUCAUAUACUAACAGAUAACAGUCAAAUGAAUUUAUAUCAUGGACAUUUUGUGUUAUGUAAAAUGUGCUUCCAAAUUGUCUACAUUUAUGCAUCUUAACCUUGGUUAAUAGUAAGCUGAAAGUUAAGUUCGAUACCAAUGAAUAAAAAAUCAGCUUGAUUUAAGGAUACAUUAAGAAUCCAAGAGAUCAAAGAUUUACUGAAAACGCUCAGACACAUAAAUGUGAUACAUUAAGCAAGGUUGAAUAUGUCUUGUAUUUGAUGCUACAGUUAUUGUUAUUUUUGUUUAAAGAUGCUUUAAUACUAUAAAAAUAAGGAGAUGUGGUAUGAUUGCCAAUGAGACAACUAUCCGCCAAAGUUAAAAUGAAGUGGAUGUACACAAUUAUAUGCAACCGUUCGGCUAUUCGAGAUCUCAGAUACCAUUUGGCCUAGAGUCAUACAAUUUGAAGCAAUUAUUUGCCACUUGAUAGUAACAGUUUCUAACCAGUCAAGUGACUUGAUGCAGGGAUUAUUUUAGGGGAGAUGAUAAACAUUCUAAUAGUGCAGUUCGUUUUUUCCCGAUGUAGUCGGUAAUAGUUUCGAAUCGUCUGCCAAUGUUCUAUUGAUGCUAAAAAUUGGUACCGACGUGGAGUUGUCGCUGAUCAGUUCUCUGAUUGGACGAAAAUGUAAUUUUUGAUGUUCGAACAUACGUUUGUUUUUUAAGAUUUUGUUAUGUGCAGCAGGUGAUAGUUUUAGAUAUAGAUGAUACUUGAGAUAAAACUAUUUUUUUGUUAUGGCGUUGUCAGUUAAUUUUCUACUUAUGAUCUGUUUAAGUACAAUGUUCGAAACCCGCUUUUGAUCUCGUUCUUCAAAAUUCUCCAACCAGUAAGUUUAAAAAAAAGUUUCAACAGAAAAUAUUACGGAUAUGAACGCUUAUGCUGUUUGUUGAUUUAUUAAAACUGCUUAAAGCGGCGGGGUUUUGUUAUGAAUUAAGCCGUUGUUUUUCUCAAUUAAAUAGUUUUAUAUUUUUCAUGUGGCGGGCCUCUUUUAGCCGACUAUAUGGUAUGGGUGUUUCUCAUUUUUGAAGGAUGUACGGUUGCCUAUAUUUGCUUGCAUCAACUUCAUUUGAAUUUUGGUGGAUAGUUGUCUCAUAGGCAAUCAUACCACAUCUUCUUAUUUUUAUAUAAUUAACUAUAGAAAUAUAGCAUACUCAUGCAAAAGCAACGUGAAAGAAGAUUAUAAAAUAUUUAUGAAAACAUAGAAGAGAUGUACAGACCACCAUGACUCAAUAAUCACAAAACAUUUCACACUCUGCUGACGAAAAUUCCGUUAGAAACAUCUAAAUUUAAGUUAUGGGGUAAAACAUUUACAUUCAAACUAAGAAAUACAUAAUUAAUCUUGACAUCAUUUCGUAUUAAAACUACUAUCUUUAUUUUUUGUGUGAUGAUAUUUAUCAGAAGAAAAGGCAUGUUAUCAUUUUUACAUUUGCCAAACACUUUUUUUAUUACAAAUCAUUCAAAGCCAUUGUAUGGUCAGAAUUGCUUAACAACAAAGCCAUGGUAUGUGGAUUUCAGAAUUCAUUAAAACAUUGUUUUCUUAAUUUCUUUUCAGAAGAAAAAUUAUAUUUUGACAUGUUGAAUAGUUAAAUAAUAUUUAUAAAGCAAUGGAAUGGCAAUUUUUCAACAAAUGUGAUUUUUGAUAAUGAAAUUUUGUUCAUGUUCCCGGAUAUCUUUUUUGCAUACAAAGUCAUAGUGUUUUGUUUAACUGGAUGUGUGACAUUUUUUGCGUUAUCAUAAUAUUAAACAAAGAAUCCAGGUUCUCUAAGAAUCAAGUAGAUUAAAUUAGUUUUAUAUAUGAUACUUUAGAUUUUUUUAUCACUUGUUAACUUACAUCUAACAUAGAUUUUUUUAAAUAGAUCCUUUCGGAUGCAACUAUCAUUGUUAACGUCAUCAAUUUUUUCUAAUAUUGCAGAUUUUAUUUAAAUUGUCUUGUUUUAUUGUCUGUUCAAUCAUAUAUGUAAAUAAACUCAUCAUAGAUACCAGUUUUAAAAUUAUAAUAAGUCAUUAGAUUUAUAUUCAAAUAAAAGAUAUCGUAGUA